AUACUUUGUGAAAAAGGAAACGCGGACGUCAACAUAUUAAACGGAUUGGGGCAGACGCCACUUUUAUGUGCUGUGCAGGAACAUGAUGUGAUUGGGAAGAAAACGAAAUCCUACGCUGACAACAGAUCGGUGAUUCAUUCUCUGCUGAAAUAUGGCGCGAAUCCUAUGAGCACGGAUUUUUGUGGUAACUGCGUUCUUCAUUAUGCAGUGAACAGUCUGAAUGCCGACUUGAUUGAGGCGUUCAAGUCAUGUCUGGAUGAAGAAACAAUAACGAAACUGGCGAACAAAGAGAACGUGCGUGGCGAGACGCCGCUAGAAAGUCUACGUCAUGGGACGGUGCACGACAGUGAAAGUCUUCGUUCCAAUGUUUUCAUCAGCUUGUUGCGGUGUGGUGCAACUGUAAAAUCGCACUGA